UUUCAAGUCAAAGUACUCAAACUCAAAGGGGCCAUUUUAUUCAAAACAAUUUGACACACAUUAUUUAUUUGAUUCCGGACACCAUCAUGAUCAUUUAUCAACCGAAGGAACCGGCGAGAAAAAUACAUUUUCUAGAUUUAGACUAGUACAAGGACAUGAUUAGUUCUUUGAUUAUUCUAACACUUUUUAUUAAGACCAAGAUUUAAGAAAUACAUUUGUAUUUUAGAAUGGCUAAACAUAUUACACAAAAAACAUUUGAUGACAUUGUACUGGAAAAUAUGUCUGAAUUUGAAAUGGAACCUGAGGAAGCUAUUCAAGAUGCAGUCAAGCAGUUUGAAUCUCAGGGUGUUUCCUUAAGUAAUAUAGUAAUAGAUCCAUCUUUAUACUCCAGUGAAAAAGGAGAAGCACAAGAUCAUCCAGUUAUUACAGCUGUUAAAACACUAUCUGCUUCACUUAAUGACAGCAAUGACAGUAUCAUUGUCAGUAGUCUAAAUACAAUCCAUGCUGAGUGUGACAUUGAUUUGGCGAGGCGGUGCCUCGCUGGCUCUCAUGGAGCCUAUGCCUGUGUUUUGCAAGCUAUGAAACGAUACAGAGAUACUCCAGACCAUCUUGUAUCUGCCUUGUCUGUUUUCUGUUCACUUGUUAAUGGACAACCUGAUUUAAUGGAUUCAGAAGGAUAUGACUUUUUGAUUUCUUUGGUGAAGCAGUACAAAGCAAACACUCAGAUUUUAGAACUCACCAUUAGAGCUGUUAGAUUGAACUGUGUUAAACAUGAAGGUAACAGGCAGGAAUUUAUAGAGCGUGAGCUGAUCAUCCUCUUGACUGAGCUUCUCACGCUUCACAAACCACAUGCUGAAAUGAUCAAAGAAGUAGCUAUUUGUCUAAGAUCUUUGACAUUGGAUGAUGAUGUGAGAGUGCCCUUUGGUAAAGCUCAUGAAAAUGCCAAGACCAUAGUUACAGAAGGUGAGGCUCUCAAAGCCAUUCUGGAACUAUGUGAAGAACACAUGAACACCCCAUCAGUUUUGGCUGAGCUUUUUUUAACCCUAGGAUGUCUUGCUGUGAGAGAUGAGUUUUGUCAUGAAGUCUUGGUCAGAGGAGGUGUCCGCUUUAUUGUCAAUGCUUUUAAAAACUCUAUUAAUGAUAAAACCAUAGUUCGUCAGGCUCUCACUGUUCUCAAAGUUCUUGCUGGUAAUGAUGAAGUUAAACAUGAAAUUGCCAAAUUAGAAGGUGUGGAACUUGCUGUCAGUGCUAUGAUCACCCAUGCUAAAAGUGCUUCCAUUGCAGAAGCUGUCUGCAAAGUACUAACUGCCAUAACUCUACGUAAUGCUGAGAACUGCCAAAAAGUGGUUGAGUGUGAAGGUCAUCAGCAUAUUGUACAAGCAAUGAGACUUCACCCAGGGGAUGUGGGUGUACAGAAAAAUGCAUGUAUGGCACUAAGGAACUUAGUUUCAAGGUCAAAAGAAUUUACAGACCAAAUAUUAUCCCUUGGGACAGAGAGACUACUAAAUGAAGCAAUGACUCGUCAUGAAGCAGCACAGGAUGAAGCAAAGGCUGCUCUUCGAGAUCUUGGCUGCAAAGUUGAGUUGAAGGAGCUUUGGAAAGGAGAGAGAGGAACUAUACAAUAAUAGAACAUAGAACUGGUAUUAUGAAUUUUUUUUUUGUGGUAAUUUUUCAUCAAUACUUGCAAAAAUAAAAAAAAGAUAUUAAAAAAGGCA